AUGCAUUUGAAGAGUUGGAUCUUCAUUUGGGACUGGCUUUCCUGGAUAGUGAAUAUCAGGUGGGUACUGGAAUAUUGUAACGUUUGUUAUGUAUUGAUAGAAAGGAUUAGAGGAAUGUAAUAAGCUGGAAUGAGUUUAAAGACGGCUAAUUUGUAUUUUAUUUCCAGUUCACGGACCUCAAGCAAUGUAUCGACCGUAUGCGACCUCUCGUUGACAACUGCCUCGGACAAGAAUUCUCAACCGAAAAGACCUCCCAAAUCACUGGACUUCGCCAUAGAUUACAAGAAAUUAGACACAAAUGGUAAAUAA